CGCUUCUCCCAUCAAUAUGAAAUCUAACUGCUAGGAUAUGGUUUCAAAUUAUUUCCUCUUAACCACGAGUUAUAAAUCGGCUACCAUGUUGUGAUUCCACGUGCCAUACUUCUCCCUAAUGUGUAAUCUGCUGCUGGAACAUGUACAAACCAAUGACGGUUUAUGCAUAUGUUCACUAACCUUCUUCAUCGGUCUACCGGGGGACUGGCGCUGGAUGUAGUCAACAGCUCAUUGAUGCACACUUUGCUUCUAUGACAUUAGUCACUAUUCACUUCCCAUUGGUCUUGCCACAGUAUGACCAUACACAAGGCUAAUCUUUUAUGGUUAGAGGAAAUAAAAAUUCGCCAUCCGGCUACUGUAGGUGGACUAGGACUUGCGUGUACGAUACUCUUAAACCAUGCUACCACUGUGGUACUAGGCAAAAAGUCCAGUAAACACUUGGGAGACAAAGCAAAGAAGAAACGUCGGCGACGGGAAAGUCGCUUCAGCAGGGAGAGGAUAAUACAUAUAGCUACCAUUGUGGUUGCUGUUGUAGUAGUGACAUCAGGCAUGAUUGGCUUGGUUUGUAAAUACGGCGAAGUGUGCUCUGGUGGUGAAGUAUAUUGUGCUUUUGUCUUAUUAAUCACUCUUAUCACCGUUGUAUUGACAUGGCUUCGUCUGAAUAGGUAGUGCUCUAAAUGCGAAACAAUAUUGCCGAAAGAUGGCGAAAUUAUGGAUAUAUUUCUUGACGAUGAUACCUGGGAUUUAUUACCAAUUAUAUCUGUUACAUA